GCGAAAAUUGCAAGGCGGCAGGUGGGAGCCGGCCGCGGUGGUUGAAUUGUAAAGAGAAUAUGAACGCUGCUGUACUUGCCCCUCGGUGGAGACUUGUCUCUAGAGAAUAUAGCAGUGGGAAGGAUUGUGGAAUGGCACAGGACACUGCAGUGCCCAAACUGAACUUUGAAUAUUGGUUGGAUAAGGCUAUCGAGUGGGGUCAAGCCACCACACUGGAAUCACAGAAGGAUGUGUACCUUCACUUGCCUCAGCUCCAGCAGUUUCUACAUCAGCUUUAUGAAACUUUAAAACAUAUGGAUUCCAUUGUAGCAAUCCAGCAGUUCCCUUUAAUUGGCCAGCUUCUUGGAAGACUUUGUUGGAAUCCUUUUGUUAUAGGUUAUGAUGAAAGUCAGAAGGCUUUGAUGUGGUGCUUAUGUUGUCUAUUCAGCAAUGAACCACAGAACCCUGUGGAAUUGAAGGCAAACAGCUGGAUACAGAGUUUGCUGUGCCAUCUUCUUUCUUCUUCUAAGUGGGAAAGUAAUGAAGCUGAAACCAGUAGGUUCAUAUCAAAUCUGGGCUACACGUCAGCAGAUUACCACUGUUACUUAGUUAAAAAUAUGGUCUUAGCAUUAGUAACAGAACUCAGAGGCAAUAAUUUCAACGGACUUUAUGUUCAGGAGAGAAUUUCAGACAGUCAUGUGAAUGCUGUGUCCCGUUUCUGUCUCCCUCUCAUUACUCUCCCUGAUCUAACUCCAUUGCUGGAAGCUCUCCUUUGUUACCAUGGAGGUGCAUCAAAAGAAAUUCUCAGUUCAGAAUUUCUGGAGGCUGUGAAUGAGGCCUUUCUGAAGAAGAAGAUCUUUCUCCCUGCAUCAGCUGUCUCCAGCCUCUGGCUUCGUCACUUACCAAGCCUUGAAAAAGCUGUGUUGUAUGUCUUAGACCAGCUGGUUUCCAUUCAGGUCAAUUCACUAGAAGAAGUGGCUUGUGUCAUAAAAGACUCCUUCCUGCCACAAGCAGCAGCCCAUCCUGCCAUUUUCAGAAUCGUUAAUGAGAUUUUCAAGAAUGCGCUCCUGGAAACCAAUGGAGCUGUAGAAAUUAUAACCACAAUACAGGUGUUUACACAGCUCUUCUUUGAGGCUCUUCGAAAUGAAAACAAGCAGCACAAGUUUCCACUGAAGUCCUACUUCCCUUACCAUCACCAGCCUCUUGUAACAGCCUUAUUCAAACGUCCUUCUGAACUGCCGGCUAUGUACUGGUCUCAGCACUUGAAACGCAUUUCAGAUAUACUGAAGGCAUUAGUAGAAGACACAAGCAUUAGUUCUCUCGAUGACCUUUUUGAAAUAUGGUUUCUGGUUGCUGGUUUUGGAGAAUGGCUAGAUAUUGCAGCAGAACAGUUACUGAAGGCUGCUGUAGAACCAGAUGCUUUACUGUGGCUGCUGGCAUUUUACUACUGUCCUCAGAAUGAAAAUCAACAAAGGACUCAAACAAUGGUAGAAGCUCAAGCAGUCUACAGCCAUCUAAUGACACUUUUCAGCCGUAUGGUCCUUUCUGUCAAAGAUCUGGAGGCUGCUGUACACAGUGCAACAGACACAGAGCAGUCUUGUAUCCAGCAUCUUACAACACAUCUUCUUAUCUACUUUUUGCUCUUUUCUUCUGGUGGACAUAUGAUUGCCCAGGAACUUAUUUACCAUAUAACUGAGACAAGUGAUAGAAGCAAAGAAGUUUGUAGCCUUCUUACUCGUACCGCAUACAGAAUUAACCAUGGUGGAGGAAGAGAUGAAGAGGAAAAGCAAAGGAUUGUCACACUGCUGAACCAACUUCUUCACAAACUGAAAGCUUAGGUUUUUAAUGUCAUCUAUUUAUCAAGCACACAAAUCAUACCUCUAUCCAGAUGUGAGACUUUCAUUAACAUCUUGCACCACAGAUUACCAAGGACAGGAAAAUAUGAAUUUAAGCAUAUCCUGCAACUUUGUAUUCCCUCAUAUAUGUAUUUUAAAGUAAUCCUUUGUUUGGAAAUGUUAACCUUUUCGAAUAUAGCAGUAAAUACUAAAGGUACUUGGCAGUUUGGUUCUGAUGCCUUCUUUAACAAGUGAUUGACGUAUUUUAAAGCAAUUCUCUUACCUCCUUGUUGUUUGUCUGGUGGAGGAUCACUUUUUCUCCCAGGUUGCACAUGAAUUUAUUAGCAAAUCAUAUCCAAUUGCUUGUUGGGCAAAUUGUUCCUAAAAUGUUUCAUUUUAUAUUUUUUUUUCUUUUAUGAAACUUAACCAUGAUUGUUAAGUGAGAGCUAGUGAUUCACGGUGAAUGCACUCCCUGUUCUCAGGAAAUCAACAACGUUUCCUGAACGCUUUAGUCUUUUUUGAAAGAGUUUCCAAAAUUAAAUUCCUCUCAGAUUUGCUAAGUUACUUUUUUCAGCACUGCAGCUUUCACAGGACAGUGUUCCCUGCAAAGAACUAUAUCAAACAGCUGGUCUCUGUCAGCAGGUAGGUUGCUUCCACUGCAGCCUGUUUUCAGUGUGCCAUGGCUGAUGCUGUUGUUCAGUAGGGGUUUUUUUUAUAUAUAUGUAUUCAGACAAAACAGGGCAAGCACAACAUAAGCAUAAGGGAACUUUCCAAGUUGAGAGCCAGAUUUCCUGAAGAGAGCAUGUGGUUGCAACUCAUCUCCUUCCUUUUUGUGUCCAGAGGUACUUUGCUUGCUUCUUUGUUUAGGUUUUUUGUUUAGUGGAGAAUGUAGACAGGGAGCGAUAGCUUGCUGCUUUACCGUUACAAAAGUGUGUGUCUUAGGAAGUUCUGUGAACCCAUUUCUAGCUUAACUAGAGAAGUAAGCGUGGCCAGCAGCAGUGACACAGGAUUCUCAGUAAUUUGUUCUCAAUAUUACCCAGUUUUAAUGUCAACACUUUUGUUAUGCUCAAAGAUACCACUUUGAAUACUAUUCUUGAACAUAAAGUCAGCGGUGUGCAUUUUAAAGUAACACAACUAUAUUAAUUUAACAUUUGGUUUUGAGCAAGGGAAAAGAAAACAAAUGUCCUUUGGCUGUAAGAAGUGGAAGAAUAUUUUCUGUAAUGCUUCUGACUGAUUACUUACAAUUUUAUUCCAAGUGAGUCAUAUCAGACCAAAUUACACAUUUCAUGUCAUGUCAGUUGUUUUUUUAAUGUUUGUAAUAUUUGGUUCCAGAGUAUGGAGGAAUAAUAAAUACAUAAUUUAAGUCUGUGAAGAAA